GGAAUAUUCCAACGGAUUUACCCUUGGUCUUUAAAAGGACGCGCUGAAUAAAGCUGCUGAGGAGUCGACAGGUAAACGCUCACUUGUUAUUUACAUGAUCCUGACGCUGUGAAGACCUCGCUGCAGACACACAACACAACACAACACAACACAACAUCCGAGUUACGGUCCAGACUAGACAAAAGACAGGCACAGACACGAGAGAGGCGUUUUUUCUCUUUUUUUGAAAUUCUGUCUGCACAUCUCCAUCCUUUUUGUGGAGACUCGGAAAUCUGUGGAGUUCCUUCCCAGCUGUGAACCAGAGACAAUCAUGAUCCUCCUGACUCCCCCUUCUGGUUUCUUCCAGUGCACCAACAAGCUCUUUCUGAGUGAUCAGGCCGCCUGGCUCCACAUCAAGGAGUUCGCCCGUAAAAAUGCAGCGAACGCUCUGUCUGUCGCCAACAUGGUCAUGGGCAUGGCCUCCAUUCUCAGCAGUCUCAACGGGCACCAUCAUGCCGCGUGUUGGCUGGUUCUGAUUGGCUACCUGCUGGAUUAUGCAGAUGGAGCGGUUGCCAGGCGACUGGAUGCCUGCUCGGCGCUGGGUGCGAAGCUGGAUGAUUUUGCUGACUUCACGACCUUCGGAAUCGCCACGUCACUGCUCCUGAGGACGACUGACCUGAUGGACAACAUCCUGUGCGUGUGCUACGUGCUGUCGGUGUUCGUCCGCCUCUGUUUCUACUCAACCGGAAUCCCCUUCAUGUACCGCGGCCUGCCAUGCACUUAUGCCUCAGCCAUCCUGUCCUGUGCCACGAUGCUGUCGGGGGGGAACAUGGCCGUGCUGCGCAUCGUGGUCGUCGCCAUGAUCCUCUGCAUGAUCAACCAGAACUUCUACCCCCAUGACAAAGUGCUGGAGUCGCAGGCCUGGAAAAAAGUAGUUUACUUUGGAGGAGUCAUCAUGUUGUUCUUCUCGUCAUCCCCCCCCAUGUGCGUGUACUACCUGCUCUGGUGUUUCUCCUACGUUUUGUUCCCGACUUCCCUUUGGAGCACUAAAGUGUAGGGAAACGGGUUCUGGUCUUGUCCAAAACUCGCAGUAGGUUUACCUCCGGCCGAUCUGGGCGAAUUUAGUUGUCCCAGAAUGUUGCUGCUCCCCACUGCCCUGGAGGAUUCAAGCUGAACAUGCUCAUGCAGGCUAACACUUGCUCUAUUUGACCUUUAUUUUGAUGAGACAGAACCUGGAUGACAGGGAGUUGUGAUGAGGGACAGGAGGGAAGGACAUUUUUAAGUCACUUCUAAGAAUUUAACCUUCAUACACAUGUUUUAUGUCUUUGUUGCAGUGUCACUGAAGCUGAGGGGGGGUUGCCUGUUCCAAAAUCAGAAUUUUCAUCAGGUUGUGUAAUCUCCCUUCUUCAGUGUUAAUCCAAUCUUUCCUCAAUGGGUAUAUUUUCAAAGGAAAUGAUUGCAAUACUUUUCUCCAACAUUUUUGCCUCAUAUUUAGUUUUGCAGCCACACGAGGCUUCACAACCACUAAUACGAUUUCCACGGUGUUGAGCGUAGAGUUAGGAAUUAACUGUCCAUGUGCUGCUCUAUGGAGAUAAGACCUUUUAAUCCAAGAGUCUUAUUUCUCUGCAGGAUUUUUGUUGAGAUUCAAAACUCCAUGCCCCUCUUAUCUAUAACACAGUAAUGAACACACGCGCACAGCAUCUGUAACAUCUGUCAAUGUUUGUAUCAGGGUUGGGGUCAAUUUGCUUUUAACGGUAUUCAGCUCAAGGUGUGUCGUUAAAACUCGUAUCACACACCUUCAUACACGCUAACCUAAGAUUACGGUCUUUGGACCAUGGUGAGAGAAUCCACUCUUCUGUUAUUUCUGGACUCCAGCCCUUGUGCUUUUGUUAAUUCCGUUCUUGUUUUUUCUUCCAAGUUGUGAGUCUGUCCAGGACAUUGUGUGUUAGAUUUCAGUGUUUUGCAUGAGUUUGCCUGUUUGAAGAGGCAAUGCAGUUAUAUAUCGAAUCCACACUGGAUCACCAUUACCCCCCACCCGCCUGUAUAUUACCUCUCUGACCACGGCUGCAUCACAGGUGUUUGACAACUGAGUGAACAACACCUGCAGCGUUAGGAAAUUAUUAAUUAAGGUGGAGUCGGAAAUACAUCAGGAGUCGACACUGAAAACCAUAACUAACACGGCUGCAGAGGUUUUCAUCCACACGAGAUUAAAGAUCCAGUGUGAUAUAGAAAAGGAACUAUUGGCAGAAAUUAUCCUAGUGAUGUUUUCACUAGUGUUUCAUCUAAAUUGUACUAAUUGUUGUUUCUUUUACCCUGCAACGUGCAACUUCACCACCAGAUGUCACUAGACUCUACACAACCAACCUUUAAAGAGCAACAACACAAGGACUGUAAAUCCUGCCUUUCCUGCCACCUAGUGGUUACGGAUUACAAAUUAUAAAAUGUUGUUGCAUGACAGUCUGUGUGAACAGUGCAGCUGGACUGAAACUUUAAAAAAUCCACAGAGAUCAGGCGAGGAAAGGAGAAGUGAUUCUCUUUAACUCGUCCAGAACUCAGUCCUUUUUUUAAGCGAGGACAACUUUUUGGCACGUGCCUCACGAUCGGUGUAUUUCUGCUUCCCUGAACAUGUGUGCGACAAAUGGGGGAGAUUACAUAGUUUUAUAUGGAUUCUUUCAGAAGCCUGAUGAAAAGCCUGAUGUUCUCAACCCCCCCGUAUUCAAACUACACCUACUCACAGCUGUCAGAAUAAAGGGAAGGACAUCAUUCACAAUUUUAUUUCUUGUGAUUUUAUUGAUAUGUAACUUGUAUAAACUCCAGACUCUUCUGAGAGGAGAAAUGAACAGAGGGAGGAAAAUAUCCUGAAUCAAGACCUAGAUUUAAAAAAACAUCAAUACAAAAGGUCACAACCUCUGAUUCAGAUGUGGGUUCAAACCGACCCUGGCUUAGUUCAUGAUGACGGUGCAUACACAGACUGAAAUUAAAAUCUACUCUAGUUCAUUCACUAGUGCAUUCAGCUUUCCUGUGUGGGUGUUUUGGUUUUCAAACUGUAAAGUCACGGUGAUGUAUGCAUGCCGAGAGCAUAAGAGAUACAAAGCCUGUACUUUGAUUAAAUGAUGAUGAUGAUGAAAAGAAAGAAAAGAGAUCUCGAUGAAUGAUCUGUGCUUUCAAGUCUGUACUUUUUUUGACAAUAAAGGGGAAAUUGAAAUAA